AUGCCAAGCAAAUUGAAAGAAGAAAAGGAAGCACUUAUCAAAGAAAAGCUAGAGACCCGAAAGCAAAAGAAGAGAGAGAAGAAGAAGCGUAUAAAGAAUAACAAAAAGGAGAAGCAGAAGGAGGUCAAUGUUGAGGCUGAUAACAGGAAGCAGGAUCUUUUACUCAUCAACAAGCAAGAAGACAAAGUGAUUCGGCAGCUCGAAAAAAGUCUAAAGAUGAAGCGGAAGAAGCUGCCAGCAUCAUUUAUUAACGAUGGCCUUGAUUAUCUGCUAGAUUUGUGUGACCCAGACAAAAGUAAAAAAGUUGUUGUUGGUGAUUCUGACAGUGAGUCUGAUCUUGUGAAUUGGCUUGAGAGCAAGAAAAAUAAAGGCAAGCUGGGUGACGCAUAUUCAGAUGAGGCAGAUUCUGGAAGUGAGGCGUCAGGAGAGAAGUCUAACGCGCACCAGGAAUUGGUGUCCAAUAAACAAAGUCGUCGCGUUAAACUCAACAAACAGGAUGUACAGACAGAUCACAACACAGAGAAAGAAACGAAAAAGCGAUUAUGUGAGGGUGAAGCUAGCCAGCUGCUGCCUCGCAAGAAAUUGAAAGCAACAGGAAAGAUAAGCGGUGAUCUGGAAGACAAAGAGGAUAGUGACGGGAGUGAAUCUAUGGACAGUAAAGACUCUAUGGAUGGGGAUGAAUCUAUAGACAGGGAAGAGUCUGGGAAUGAGGAUGAGUCUGUGGAUGGGGAAGAGGAUUGGGAUGGGGAUGAAUUGUUGGGCAAGAAAGGCACUAGCGACAAAGACUAUGACAGUGAUGGGGAAGGUUCCCAAAAUGAAUCCUCUCUCGCUGAAGAUUCGGAGGAGGAUCGUUCCCCUCGCAACACGAACAAUAAGGAGGACUUUGGUGAGAAUGAUGACUGUGAUAGUGACGAUGGCGAGACGGCGAAUUUUAACCAAAAUAAGAGUAAACAAACUAGGACGCAAGCAUCAGGCAGCAACAGCUACACUGAAGACAUCUACGGCAGACUGCGUGACAAGAAAGGCAACGUUGUAACAGGAGAGCAAGGUUCGUACGUUCCGCCCGGCAAGAGGGCGCUGCUGAGCACGACGGACGACGGCAAACACAAGGCGGCCAUCGAGAAGCUGAACAAGCAACUGAAGGGAUCGCUGAACCGGCUGAGCGAAUCCAACAUUGCGGCGACUAGCGCGCAGGUCGCGCAGCUGUACCUGUCACACAGCAAGAACGACAUGAACACGACGCUGGUCGCCACCGUGCAGAGCGCCUGCAUGGGUCCUGUGCAGACGCCCGAGCGACUAGCAAUGGAACACAGCAUGCUGGUGUCCGUGCUGCACCACAACGUGGGCAGUGAAGUAGGUGCCUACUUUCUGCAGAUGUUGGCAAAGCGAUUUGAUGAGUUGUACUCACAGGGCGAGAACUAUGGCCAAGGCAAGGAGUGUGACAACGUUCUUACUCUGUUUGCUAACCUCUACAACUUCAAGGUCGUCCACUGUCAGCUGAUGUUUGACCUGCUGCGUAAACUCAUGGACAGCUUCACAGGGAAGGACAUCGAGUUGAUACUGCUGCUGCUAAAACAAAUUGGGUUUGGACUUCGCAAGGAUGAUCCCUCUGCGCUUAAGGAUGUGAUAGUUGAGCUUCAAAACAAGGCUACGAAUGCAGAGCAAUUCCGGGAUCAGUCUAGGGUGAAGUUCAUGCUGGAAGUUAUCUUGGCCAUUAAGAACAACAACAUGCGCAAGAUUCCAAACUACGACCGGACGCACCUCGAACACCUAAGGAAGUUACUGCGCCACCUGGUGAGGGGCUCGACAGAAUCCGAACUCAGAAUCUCGCUUCACGACCUUCUGAAUGCGGAAGAAAGAGGACGCUGGUGGGUGGUGGGAUCGGCAUUGAGAGAUCAGCAAGAUGCCCAGCCAGUGAGUGAGGAGGCGCCGGUGUCUGUCGUGAGUGAGGCUACGGGCCGGGUGCUGGAGCUAGCACGCCAGCAGCGCAUGAACACGGAUGUGAGGCGCAACGUCUUCUGCGUCAUCAUGAUGAGCGAGGACUAUCUCGAUGCAUUCGAGAAGCUCCUCCGUCUGGGACUGAAGAACCAACAGGAGAAAGAGAUGGUGAACAUCGCGAUGCAUUGCGCCGUCCAGGAGAAGUCCUACAAUCCGUUCUACGCGCAUCUGCUUCGGAAGCUGUGCGCCCACGACAGGAAGUUCAUGAUGAUGACUCAGUUUUAUCUGUGGGACAAGUUCAAAGAGAUCGGCAAUUUAAGUGAACUGCAGGCAGGCAACUUGGCCAAGACUUUAGUGUUCCUAAUUGCCACGAAAUCUUUGUCGCUUGCCGUCUUCAAGGUCGUUGAGUUUGGUGAACUAGAGAAGCCAAUGGUGCACUUCCUUCGUGGCGUGCUGCUCGAGCUGCUGCUGGAGCAGGAGGAGGAGACGACACGUACCGCCUUCCUGCGCCUCGCCUCCGCCGCCACCGCCGCCAAGCUGCGGCCGCUGCGCGAGGGACUCCGCCUCUUCCUGCACCACUUCCUGCUGCGCAACAAGCACCGGUUGCCCGUGGACACGCAGGUGGCGCUAGCGUCACGCGUGGCUGUGGCCGAGGCGGCGCUCGGAGCGGCCGACUCCAAGGUGCUGUUGUAACAUGCCGUUCGCCUCGAGGAAUGACGUCCGGAAAUCCCAUGCAACGCUUCAGGAGGUAAACAGAGGUGCGCAGAGUUUGAUUUGUUGAGUGUACAAAGAAUUCUAGCUGGAGGUGGGGCAUUAUGUAUUUUUUAAUAAGUGCAAGUGUGGUAAGCGAGUAGUGUAAUUAAUGUAUUGUUACGUUUAUUGUGCUAUGAACGUCAUGUUCUCUAAAGGAAGGCAGAAUAAAAAUCCUUUUUAAAGCAUAUCCAUGGACAGUAGUUGCCUCUAUGAAACCCAUUAAGGAUAUUUUAGCAAACACGAUGAAGAAGUAAUUGUAGUAUUCGUAAAAAAUUUCAUUUGUUUGCAAUGUGAAACAUAGAUGUGAUUGCUAUGUUAGCAAGAUCGCUUUUUCCUAUACACACGCAUGGGCUGCAUUUUUUCAUCAAUACGUCCAAAUACAAAUGAUCAUGAUAGUGUGAGAAUAAAUUAAAUGAACAAUA